GGCGUUAGACGUGUUGACCUUUAGAAAUGUCGGAGACAUUUGGCAUCCAUAUUUUGUAUACCUUCUACACAACUCGACAAUAAAAAACACACAAUUUUGUAUUCAACUUUUGAUCUUAUUUUUCCAAAAAUCACAACGCGAGUUAUCCGAGACGGUAUCCCUUAUAUAUAUUACUCAAAUUGAACAGCGUGAUUCGAAAGUUUUGCGGGUCCGCAAGUGGAAAACGUUCAAAUUAUAAAGUCGCAGCAGUUAAACAAUUACCUUCAAUUCGGUUGAGAAGCGCGACAUCCGUAUUUUAACUGAUGGCGGUUACCGAAUAACGGAUCUAAUAACGAAUACUGGAACUGAUCAAUCAAUCCAAUCAAUCCAAUCCAAUUAAUCAACCAACCAACCAAUCAAUCAAUCAAUCAAUCAAUCAAUCAAUCAAUCAACCAAACAAUCACUGCAAGUCUGUGUCGUCGCUUGCUUUUCGUUCCUUUUGCUGUUGCGUUGUUCAAAAUCGUGUACUUAUAAGAGUUACUUUUGGAUUCGUGUUUAGUCUUGAUUAUUUUAACUGGUUUUUUUUUCGUGUUUAUUUUGGUGUUUUUUUUUUUUUUUUUUUGUAUUUAAUGGUGUAUCGUGUGCAAAUUGUAAGUUGAUGCUGUCAAUACUCUAGCAGCUGCUUGUACCUCGAUUGCCAGCGGUUGCCCCACAUUCGGCUCGUCCAGGUGCCAGGCCCGCCCAGCUGCAGCAGUCGCCCAUCCUUCAGUCGGCAGGCGCCAUUAGGAGUGUUGGAGGGCUUGCCACAAACUGGCGCCCGCCCAGGACGAAGCCAACCGACGCCAGGUCGUGCGAAAAGUUGGUGGAUUUGCUGACAAUAUCAUUGCCAUUCCAGAGCUGGAGGUGGAAAAGCGCAAAUUUCGUCGUCGGCAUCGAAAACUGCAGCAGCAGCAGGAGCAGGCGCAGCAGCAGGAGCAGACGCAGCAGCAGCCGCAGCAAACGGAGAGGCAGCGGGAGGCGCAUCAACAUCAGGCUGCUCAUAUGAGGGUCCGGAAGAGCGAGCCACUUCAUCAUCGGCCCUUGAUCAAGGAGAAGCACAAGGAGAGGAACAAGGACAAAGAUAAAGACAAGGAGAAGCUAAUGGCCGAGCGACAAUCGAAUGCCCAGGAGCGACGCAUUCAUGAGCUAGACCAGAAUGUGGAGCGUUACUUCGAAGUGCGCAAGCGCCUGGGCAAGGGCGCCUACGGCAUCGUGUGGAAGGCCACCGACAAGCGGCAAAAGGACACCGUGGCCCUCAAGAAGAUCUACGACGCCUUCCGGGAUGAAACCGAUGCCCAGCGCACAUAUCGCGAGGUUGUCUUCCUGCGCGCCUUUCGCCACCAUCCCAAUAUUAUACGCAUGCUGGACAUAUUCAAGGCUGCUAACAAUUUGGACUUUUAUUUGGUGUUCGAGUUCAUGGACAGCGAUCUGCACAAUGUUAUCAAGAAGGGGGACGUCCUCAAGGAUAUACACAAGCGCUUUGUCAUGUACCAGCUGAUCAAUGCGAUCAAGUACAUGCACUCCGGAAAUGUCAUACACAGGGAUCUCAAGCCGAGCAACAUUCUCAUUGACAGCAAAUGCAGACUCAAGGUGGCCGACUUUGGACUGGCGCGCACUCUGUGCUCGAAGCGGCGCAACAAUGUGGACUUUGACUGCAAGGAUGAGCUGGACAACGAGGCCAUGCUGACGGAUUAUGUGGCUACCCGCUGGUAUCGGGCGCCCGAAAUUCUGGUGGCCAGUCGCAAAUAUACAAAGGGCAUUGAUAUGUGGAGCCUGGGCUGCAUUCUCGGCGAGAUGAUACGCCAGAAGCCGCUCUUCCAGGGCACCAGCACAAUAAAUCAGAUUGAGAAGAUCGUGAAUGCGCUGCCGGAUGUGACGGAGCGGGACAUCGAAUCGAUUGGAGCCAGCUUCGGCUCGGUGCUGCUCAGCAAGAAGAUUGUGCGGGAUCGCCGCCACUCGCUGGACGAGAUGCUGCGCAACUGUUGCGACGAUGCCAUGUCUCUGGUCAAGUCGCUGUUGGUCCUGGAUCCGGAUGGCCGGCUGACCGCCAAGGAGGCCAUCGCCCACUCGUAUGUGCAUCGCUUUCGCACUGCCUCCGCAAACAUGGAGCUGCGCACGGACAUCAAGCCGCCGCUCGACGACGAUGUACGCUACGGCGUGGACGAGUACCGUUCCACGCUCUACGAGAUGAUUGCGCCCGACAUGCGAUCCAGUGCACGGCACUCGAGCACCACACAGACGACCCCAACAAAUGGCCCCGAACUGCAGCCGGGCAUCACCACGCGCGUCAUCAGAUCCGUAUCGAAGUCCAGAGCACCCGCUGGCCAUUUCCAUGCAGCUGGCACUGGGCAUGUGGAGCAGCUGCCCGAGAAGCCGAUCACCUCGCUGACCAAGGCCUGGGCGGAGGAGCAACGAAAGCAGCGACACUUGGAGCAGCAGCAACACUUUCCACAGCGCUACCACCAGCAGCAGGCGCAACAGCAGCACCAGCAGCACCAGCAGCACCAGCUGCACCAGAACUGCCAGCAUCAGCAGCCGCAGCAGCUGGUGCAUCGCGGCAAGCGUUAUGCGAACGGUUUCAAUGAGGCCGCGCAGCUGCGUCGCACGGAACCGACGCAUGUGGCACUGCGCCGGGAACUGGCCGCUGUGGCUGCAACGGCACCGCGCUGCGUCAGCGGUGGCCUGUGGCAGGCGCCAAUUGGGCCAGCGGCUGCACCAACCGUCGCACCGCCAGCUGCAGCGGCAGCCGGGCCGGCGGCAGCGCAGCCACCGCUGCGCUUAUGGACGGAACCUGUGCCGGUGCCCGGACCCUUGCCCAUGCACGUGCCACCACCGGCGGAACCGGAGUCAAUGGGCACCACGGCACAGCUGCGCGCGCGGGUUCGCAAGCUGCGCAAGGAGUGCAAGGAGCGGCGUCUGAUCAAGAUCAAGGAGGCAGAGUUGGCCAGGAGGGAUGCCAAAAUAGAGCUCGAGCCGUCGACCGAGGAAGAGCUCUCUGAAACAAUAAGCCAACAAUAUUCGCAAAUGCGCGACCAGACCAUGUCCAAUAUGCAUGCGGCAGACAUGGUUAAAUCGCAUGCCGAACAACUGGCCCAGUCCCAUGCUCAAGAGUUGGCCGAUCUGCAAUUGAGGAAGUACGCCCAGGCGCACGUCAAAACUAUGGAACGGGUGGUGCCCAAAACAAUGCAGUUGGCCCAGGCGCAGGCUCAAGCACAGGCCCAGGCUCAGCCUCAAUCGCAGAGCCCGGCUCAGGCCCAGACUUUGGAGCAGCAAUUGCGCAAGGAUCAUAAGCCCAUCGACCUGACAUCCGCCUUGGAGCGACUGAAGCUAGAGCAUCAGGAGCUGCAGCAGAAGAAGUACAAUAUCAGCGAAGCCGAUGCACUGAAUCAACGUGCCCAACAGCAGCUAAUCCAGAAGCAUCAAAUGCGUAAAAUAGCCCAGGAAGCAUCCGAGAGCGCACUGCGUCUGCUCAAGCAGCAGCGGCAAAUGCAAAUGCAUCCGGAUGAUGAGGGCGACCGCUUCUAUACGCCCGAGGGCACAACGCGACAGGCGGAUUCGUUGUCGCAGGUGUCGGCGCCAUUGGAGCCGGGCGAGCUCGGCGACAAGUUGGAGGGCAAUAUUAAAGCGUCAAAUGCUUCGGCCGCGUUCGUUUGCUAUAAGACGCGCCUGAGCCGCCUGGAGGAGGAGAUGGCCAAGUGCAAGCGACAGCUGUUCCACUAUGUGCAGGACAAUCAGCAGCUGCUCACCAAGCAGAGUCUGCGCCAGCAUAUCGAGCGGUUGCUGCAGUCCUCGCCGAUCCAGCCGCCGCAGCCACCGCCACCCCCACCACCGCCGCCGCCGCCGGCAUCGACGACGAGCAAGAGCGAAGCUGGCUUGGAUGUGCCUAAACUGGACCGGGACAAGCAGAAGCAGCUGCAAAUGCGCGAGUUUCUGGCACGCGACGAGACCAACGCGAAUGCCUACGAGCUGCCCGAUCUGUGCAACGUGUACAAGACCAGCAGCUGCCAUGCCCAGCCAAUGGGCACACCAGAUGCACGUCGUCCAUUGUCACCCUCGAUGCUGGACACAGCCGACAUCGACAAUAUGCAUGGCUGCGAUGUUAACCAGAAAAGUGGCCAACAGGCAACGCACUUCUAUUCCAAUUACUUUCCGGAGCCAGUCAAGAAUCAGGCGUUCGAGCAUGCCUGGAACAAGCGGGAGCACACUCAUGGACAUAACGCCAAGCGGCAUCAUCAGUCAGCGGCGCCCAGCUGCGAUCGCCUGCGCAUCCAGGAGGCCAAUUUCUAUGACAACUUUGAGCCGAUGAAAAACGAUGAGCCGCAUGCAACUCGCAAGUAACCAGACCUAUCUAUAUACAUAUCGCCCCGGAUCGGAUGCCAAGCAAGUUUAACAAUAACAAUAACAAAUACAACAAGAAAGAGAACAACAACUCAACAAUGGAGAAUUCAGCCAGGCACAGGAAACAUCUUGCGAAUUAUACAAAUAUGUACACACAUGCAUAUACAUACAUAAUUAAUGUGCCACAGCUUCGAAUAGAGUUUAAAGUUUUACUUAGUUAGACUAAAAGAAAAA